UUCAACUUUAGUUUAUAAGUUUUCUUUCUUGUUUUUCAUUCUUUUAAUAUUUUUAUUCGUUUUCUGCAAAUUCUUCUUUUUAAAACCAACAAUUGAUAUCUAGGGCCAUUUUUCUUAACGGACCUAUGAGUGAAGAGAUGAUUCUGAAAAUAGUUUUUCACGAAUGGCUCCAUCUGUUUUGAUGGUGAAAAUUAUCAAUUAUGGGCGGUAAAAAUGAAAACUUACUUGGAGGCUCUUGAUCUUUGGGAAGCUGUGGAAGGGGAUUAUUUAAUUAAUCCACUACCAAAUAAUCCCACUAUAGCUCAAAUCAAGAGUCACAAGGAAAAGAAAACCAUGAAGUCUAAGGCGAAGGCAACUUUGUUUGCUUCUGUUUCAAUAACUAUCUUCACAAGAAUUAUGUCUCUCACAUCACCAAAAGAAAUUUGGGAUUAUCCGAAGAAAGAAUAUACUGGAGAUGAAAGAAUUCGAGGAAUGCAAGUAUUGAAUUUAAUAAGGGAGUUCGAGUUACAGAGAAUGAAAGACUCCGAGACAGAUUGCUUGUCAUAGUUAACAAGAUUACCUUGGCAGAAUUGUUAAAUUCUUUUCAGGCACAAGAGAAAAGAAGACUUAUGAGGCAAGAUGGUAUAGUUGAAGGAGCCUUAGCAGCCAGCCAUAAAACUCAAAAUAGGGUAAAAAUUUCAAAAAUUAUCCACCUUGUGAGCACGGUGAAAAAAUGGGUCAUCCACUAUACAGAUGUUGGAAAAGGCCAGAUGCAAAGUGUAGCAAGUGCAACUAUCUUGGCCAUGAAACAAUUAUUUGCAAAAAUAAAUUUGAGAACCAUGAAGUAGAUGCAUGUGUGGUCAAUGAAGAAGAAGAAGACCAUCUUUUUGUUGCAACAUGUAUCUCAAGUAAGGUUUCAACAAAUUUCUGGUUGAUUGAUAGUGGUUGCACUAACCACAUGACUUAUGACAAGAGUUUGUUUGAAGAAAUAAAGCCUACUGAAAUAUUCAAAGUUAGGAUCGAAAAUGGUGAUCAGAUUCUUGUUGAAGGAAAAGGAACUGUUGUCAUCAAAACAAGUUCAGGUAAUAAGAAAAUUUCAGAUGUUCUUUAUGUACCUGAUAUUGAUCAAAACUUGUUGAGUAUUUGUCAGUUGAUAGAAAAAGGAUACAAAGUAUCUUUUGAGGAUAAGCAUUGCUUCAUCAUUGAUGGUGUUGGAAAAGAAGUUUUAAACAUUCAGAGGAGAGGUAAACAUUUUUUAUUUGAUCCAAUGAAAGAUGUUUCUGUAGAACAUGAAAAAGAUCAUAGGAUGGAAAAGUUAGAAGAUGAUCCUCAAAUUGAAAAAGCACAAGGAAAAUGUGAACCUGCUAGGUUCAAAGGAGCUUUUAAUGUUCCUAAAGAAAUUGAAGCAAUGAAAGAGUUAUCUAUGUUUCAGAAAAAUAAAAUAGGUAAGUUUAAAUUCAAGAUGCAAACGAAGCAGGAAGACAUGCCAAAAAGAUUUAGUACUCAAAGGUUGCAUUCAAAACGAGAAGUGAAUUUAGUUCACUACAAGCCCAAAGAUAAAUCUGCAGAUUUAUUCAGAAGAUCACUUUCGGUUACCGAGUGUGAAGAUCCCAAGAUAGAAGAUCACUCUCAGGGACCUCAAGGUUCAGGACAUAAUGGCAUUAUGGUACAGACAGGGGCAUGUGCUUUCACUCAAAGCCAGUAUGAUCAAAUUGUCCAGUUACUCAAUCAGACUCAAUUGAAUACCAAUACAAGUGCAGGACCUUCUGUAAAUGUUGCGGGUAAAGAGUCAGGAUAUCUCAAAUGGGGAGGUGAAGGUGAUUGGUAAAGAGAGUGAUGGCCUAUAUCGUUGCUCAAUCAAACUACUGGGAAAAUAAGAAGAGUCAGUUUAUUUGCUCAAUGAUUAGUGUCUGUCAAUGAAGCUGAUGUAACCUUGGGAUAUAAAAGAUUAGGACAUGUCUCUAGUGCUAUCCUAAGUACCAUGUUAUCUAUUAAAAAUCAAAAUUUAGUUGAUAUAGUCAAAAGGAGUGAUAUCUGUCCAUGUGCCAAACAGUGCAAAUUACCUUUUCCUAGCAGUUCUAUUAAGACUGUUGGUAGUUUUGAUCUUAUAAACAUGGAUGUAUGGGUCUCUACAAAGUACAAACUUUUGAUGGAAAUAAAUAUUUUUUUGACU